UACCGUGCUGUAGAGGUUAAGUACAGCAGUUGGUCACAUUGUAGUUAUACGUUAUCAAGUCGUACACCAAUCGUUCAUUAUCGAAGUAAUUAUAAACAAUAUAAACAGAAUAAUCAGAAUCUUGUGAUUUGUGAUUGUCCCGGUUAUUUUUUUUUCGUUUAAAUUAUUGUUGUUUUUCCUUUUUUCUACUAUAUUGGUGUUUUAUUUCUAAACUAUUAUAUUUAAUUAUUUUAAUAUGGAAGAACGCGAAGUUGUAAUUGACAAAACAAAAGAGAAAUUGGAUGACUGCCGUUUAUGUUUCAGCUCCACAAAUGUCACAGUUCACAUAGGGCAUAAUGUUGACAAAAAUACAACAAUUGUUGAAAAAAUUCAAUACUGCACUUCACUUAUCGUAAAAGUGGGUGAUAAUUUUCCUCAGAAUAUUUGUACAACUUGUGCUGAAGCCCUAGAUUUUAUCUACAACUUUAAAAGUAAAGCAAUAGCAUGUGAUCUGGAAUUAUCAAAAAAUGUUCACAAGGACGUUCAUUUUACUUAUACUCAACUAUCAGACGAUCCAUUAAAUAUUACAUAUAAAUUAGACUUGGAAGAACAAGAUUCUUCAACUGAUUUAAUUGAUAGUUGCUUAUACAACAUAGUUGAUGGUGAUGAACUAAAAAUAGAACCGGUCAAUGUUAAUAAUGUGCACAUUGAUGAGAAUACAAGUACAAAUAAAGAAACCAUAAAUUACGAUAGUAAAAAAUCAGAUAAUGUUGCAAAAAAAUUGAAUGGGAGUUUGAACAGCUAUCAAGGUUCAACAACUAAUAAUCAGAAAAAAAAUACACUAGUUGAUCUCAAACGAAGUACAGAUAAAUCUUUACUUGACAAAGAAAAACGUAAAUCAAAAAAAAUAAAAUCUGAAAAUGAAAUUGACAAUGAAAAACGAUUAGUUGUUGUCAAAAAUGGUAAAGUUGUAUAUAUUUGUGGUGAAUGUGGUUAUGAAGGAGAAUCGAUGAUAUUCCUAGUUAAUCAUCAAGCUCGCUUUCAUUCGGAUAUAGGUAAUUUCAAGUGUUCUGAAUGUCCAACUUAUUACAAAACUUCAGGACUGCUGAAACGACACAUUUCAAUUCAUCAUAGUGCUACCUAUGUUUGUAAAUAUUGCGAGAAAAAAUUUUCAAACAAACUAAGUCUUGAUCGUCAUGUUAGUAGUCAUGAUAAUGAAACUCCAUUAGAGUUUCAAUGUGUCAAAUGCAAUGCUUAUUUUGAUAGUUUGGACAAAAUGGAAGAUCAUUUGGUAGUACAUUAUACAAGUCCUUCUAGUACAUUUACUUGUGAGCAUUGUGAUCGUUCGUUUACAACAUAUGCGGCAAAAAACAAACACAUUGAUCUUGAGCACAUGAUUGAAUUUCAGUGUGGAAUUUGCCAUGUUGUUUUACCGACUAAAGAAGCAAUGGAUAAACACAAUUAUUCUGUUCACCAACCUAAGAAAAAAGAAAAGAAAAUGUAUGAAUGCACUACAUGUGGAAAAUACUUUUCUGGUAUUAAAGAAAUUUUAAGUCAUAGAGAAACUCAUUUAUAGUAAAAAGUUUAUUAUUUUAAUGAUUUAUCAAUCAGGAUAUUAUUAUUUAGAUAUUUGUAAUACCUAUGACAUGACUGAAUUUUAAUUUUAUAAUUAUAAAUUUUAUUUUAAAUAAUAUUUAUUUAUAAAUUAAACUUAUUUUCAAUAUUGAUUUUAAUAUUGAAUAUUUAUUAAUUUAGUUACUUACUAAGUAUCUAGUUAACUUACUGUCUAACAGUUAAUAUAAAUAUUUGUCAAUGUUCAUUACAAAGGUUGGCAUUUUAUUAGCUAUUUUUUUACAAUAAUAAUAAUUUUACUAUUUUUUAAUUGUAAAAGUCAAACUCAGGUUAUUAUGGCAUUUUACAGUAAAGGCCAAUGUAACAUUGCUAUUAAAAAUGUAAUUUGAAAUGUGUGUAACGAAUUUCGAGCAAUAAUGCACUUAUAAUGAGGCCCUCACAUCAAAUUUUGGUCCUUUGUAGUAAAUAUUUUUGAAGGUCCUAUUCAAAACUUUUAAUAGUAAAAUGUUUCAAGAAUAAUUAUUAUUUUUUUUAUUUUUAUAUAAUUCUAAUGAUUUGGAAGAUUCUGUAUAUAACAUACAGUGUAUUAUACAAUAGUGAUCAAAUCUAGGUAUAUAAAUCUAAUCAUUCUAAUCAAUGAUACAAGUAUACCAUGCACAAUAAUUUAUAGUAAUAAUGACCCAUAGUUAACCCACAGAUUUCAACAUAAUAUAUUAUUUGAUAUAAAAUAAGAAUACUAAAAUUUCAAAAAUUACAAAUUAAUUUCAAUGGGCCUCCUAAAAUAACCUGACCCCUGUUCUCCGGGUGUAACAAUCAAAUUAAUUAUUAGUUAACAUUUUCAAAAUAUUAAGUAUUAUCUUCAUUAAAAUAAUUCUGUUUGAUUGUUUUUAGUUAAAAACAGUCUGUAUAAAUUAACUGAUGCAAUAAUUAUUAAUAAUACUAUAUGUUAGUAAAAAAAAAAUAAUGAGAUAACUCGCAACUAUUUAAUCAUUAUUUUUAUUAUUUAUGUAAGCCGGAUUCCCACAACUGGUGUACUUGCCAAAUAUGCCAAUAAUUGAACAUUUGACCAGUGCACGAUUAUGGUAUUCACAUGACUGGCAUACUUUUUAAUACAAGAAAUAUUAGCUGUUCCUGUGACUUGUGUCACAUUAACCGACAAUCCUUGAGGACUACUCCAAUGACAAAUAAUUGUACAAGUAUACCAAUCCAGCGGCACGUCAAGUUACUCCUACACCAGAUAUUGGCCAAGUGCACUAGUCGUGGAAAACCAGCUUUAUACUAAAGUCAUUGCAAUUAUUUUUUCUGUUUUACCAAUAUUUAUCAUUUAUUGUUUGUAUUGACAAUUCCCUUAAAUGUGUUCCAAGUUAUAAUUAUUUAUAAAAUGUUACUUGUUUUUUUUUUUAUAUAAAAACAUGAGAUUGUACAUUUUUUUUAAAUUAAUGUCAAAAAUUAUAUUUUCUUUAAAAAUUAUAAAUAUUUAUAAAUUUAUAAUUAAUUGUAAAUUAUAUGCUGAUUUUUGACAAAUUUAAUGAAUUUUUCUUUUUUAAUACAAUCAUUAUUGGUU